AUGUUUUCGAUAAAAUUAGGUUUACUGCUAUGUACGGUGAUUAGUGUCUUUGUUAGUAUAAACACCCAGACGGUUCACAAACGUUUUGAAUAUAAAUAUUCCUUUAAACCACCGUAUUUAGCUCAAAAAGAUGGAACGGUGCCGUUUUGGGAGUACGGUGGCAAUGCGAUAGCGUCCGGGGAAAGCGUGCGAUUAGCUCCGUCGCUGAGGAGUCAAAAGGGUGCAAUAUGGACCAAGCAGCCUAUCAACUUCGACUGGUGGGAGGUGGACAUCAUGUUCAAAAUAACCGGGCGAGGAAGAAUAGGUGCCGACGGUUUGGCUUUCUGGUACACGACGCAGCGCGGUGACUACACCGGCGAGGUGUUCGGGUCGUCAGACCGAUGGAACGGUCUCGCAGUCAUUUUCGACUCCUUCGACAAUGACAACAAGCAUAACAACCCCUACAUCAUGGCGGUACUCAAUGACGGAACCCGUAACUUUGACCAUAAGAGCGAUGGUACAACGCAGUUGCUGUCAGGAUGCCUCCGUGAUUUCCGUAACAAGCCGUUCCCGACGCGUGCCCGCAUCGAGUACUAUCUCAAUACGCUCACUGUUUACUUCCACAAUGGCAUGACAACCAACGAAGCAGACUACGAGCUUUGUUUCCGCGCGGAGAAUGUAGCGCUACCACGUGGCGGGUACUUCGGUCUGUCGGCCGCCACAGGAGGCCUGGCUGACGAUCACGAUGUCAUACAUCUUCUCACUAGCUCUCUACACAGCACUCAACAACAAGGUGGUCAGCAAAUCAGCAAUGAUGAGCAGCAGAAACUGUCCCAGGAAUAUCAGGAGUACCAGAAGAAGUUAGAACAGCAGAAGGUGGACUACAGAAAGGAACAUCCCGAUGAAGUGCGCGAUAAGGAAGGUGAAUUUGAUGACUGGUUUGAGUCAGACGGUCAACGCGAGUUGCGACAGAUUUUCCAGGGUCAAGGUCAAAUCCAUGAUAUUCUGCGAGAUCUCAACAAAAAAGUUGAUGAGGUGAUUGGCAAACAGAUGAACUCACUGUCAAUGUUGACAGCCGUGUACAGUCAGUCGCAAGGACAACCCAUCCAACCGGGACAAGCUCCUAUGCAGAUGCCAGCUUUACCGAUCGGCCGCCAAGAUUGGGACACCCUCGUCGCCAAUAAUCAGCUUAUGAUCAACACAAUUGCAGAGCUCAAAGGUUUCAUCAUCGAUGUGUCCCGCAAGUCGGACUCCUUAUUGGCUGCUGGCGGUGGCGGUGCGGCGGCCGGGGCAGCUGUCAACCCGCAGUUCCUUAAUGACAUAAGGGACAGCGUGAAUCAUGUCAAGCAGACUGUAGCCGGAGUUGCCCAGAGGCUAACGGCAACCCCUCAAGUUGCUGCUCAAGCAGCAUGCCCAAACAUUUCUUGUGUUAGCACAACUAUGCUUCUGAUGGUGGUAACUGCACAACUUGGUGUCAUGUUCCUCUACACAUUAUAUAAAGAGAGAAAAGAAGCUCAAGCGAAAAAGUUCUUCUAG